GGAAUUAAUGCUUACCACGACUCUCCUAUCCAGGUUGUCGACAAGGACUCAGCCAACUAUACUUUGAUGCGUGCAGCACUUCAAGAUCUACAUUCCAAACUGAUCUUACGAGAUUCAUGCCCGAUCCCAGGUGAUCAAACUACUGUAAAAAUCAUACAACAGUUCUAUAAAUCCGACUACAUGAAGUACAGGGCCCCGGUAAAGCCGCCCAUUCAGAAUACCUUUUCAUGGUUUCUUCAAGAGUCCCAAUAUAUCGCGUGGUUUGAGAGCCCGUUAUCAUCUCUUCUCUGGGUAUCUGGGGACCCUGGCUGCGGAAAGACGACACUUGCUGCAUUUCUGGUCGACAGUAUCAACCACUAUCUAUCUUUGGGGGAUAACGACUUCAUAGUGACCUAUUUCUUCUUCAAUGGGAAUAAUUUCGCAGAUCAGGUCGACGGGACGGCGCUACUCUUUGCUCUUAUCCACCAGCUCCUACAAGCCAACCCAGCGCUCAUUCCACUCGUCGAAAAGUCCUUGACCCUUAAUCACACGCAGUCUGGGUUGAAUCUAGAUAAACUGUGCGAAAUCUUCCGCACCAUCGUCUCCAGCCCUCAAAGGAAGCCUGAUAGAAUUGUCUGUGUUAUAGAUGCAUUAGACGAGUGUGAGAAAGAGUCUAUGAUUCAAAUCAUCCGAUUUCUGGCCUCGAUCAUCUUCGAUGACCGUAACAGUACCAGUGAAAGCGGAUGGCUUAAAAUCGUCAUUACCAGCCGCUAUAACCAACACAUUGACGACGUACUGCCAGCACAUCAGCAAGUUCGACUCGCAGACCACGCAGAAUCCACAAGACGAGACAUUGCGACUUUUAUCCGCGCUCGCUGUGUCCAAGUGCAGACGAUAACGCGCUGCUCUGACGCUAUGCGCCGUUCCAUCGAGAAGGAGCUGAUAGAGAGGUCCGACAACACGUUCCUUUGGGUCCAUAUGGUUCUGGACCUGCUUGAGAAUAAUACAGACGCCUCGCCGCAAUCCUUCGAGUCAAUACUGCGUUCUAUCCCGAAUAGACUAGAUGGGCUGUACGACAAUAUUUUGCAACGUAGUAGGUCGCGCCACGAGCUGCUGCGUAUACUCUCUAUUAUUGUGGGAUCGCAGCGUACUCUUACUCUGGACGAGAUUGAUGUUGCACUCGCAGUCCGACCUGAUGACAGUUAUAUCAGGCAGGUCCAACAUCGUUGUCAUCCCGAUAUUGCCCGAUAUUUAUAUGAUGUCUGUGGACCGUUCAUUAGAAUCUGGAACGGGACGGUGUCAUUUAUUCACCAAACGGCCACCGAAUUCCUACUGCAAUCGGCAGAUGAGCCAGAAUCGCCUGUUGGAAAUGGUAUCUACCAUUACAAAGCGUGCUUGGACAUGGUUGGGGUUAACCAGUAUCUGGCUGAGAUCUGUGUUGUGUAUCUUCUGCUCGAUGAUGCGGUGAGCGACAGGCCGUUGUCAGACCAUGACGCAGCUAAGAAUACUCUGAAUCUUUAUGACGGGGGCUCUGAUAACGACAACGAUCCCUUGAUUGAAGAUACUAAGAGGCUGACUUUCCGAAAGAGCGGCAAAGGCGCCGGUCUGUGUGACUACGCUGCCAAACAUUGGGGCACACACUGCCGUCUGGGCAACGCCACGUCUUGCACUUCUAUCUCCUCUACCACCAGCUGCGAAAAUUCCACCGUCUUCACCAAAGCUAUCGCCCUCUGCGACACGUCUACAAGUACCUUCCGUAACUGGUUCCAGCUGUACUGGAACACCAUCAGCACGAUCCCGCAGUUCCCUGACAGACUGACUCCCCUAAUGAUGGCAUCACACAUGGGUCUUCCGGAUGUCAUGCGCACUCUUCUUUUAGCAGAUGGGAAAUGGAAGAACAAAAACCCCCCUAUGUUGACAUCGACAACCACACGCUCAAGGGCAAAUCAACUGUGGACCGCUGACUCAGAAGGGUGGACGGCGCUUCACUGGGCCGUCUGGAACGGCCACGGAAGCCACAUCAAUAACGAUGCGAUAGCGGUUUUGCUGCAGCAGCUCCAUGAUGAGGACCAUGAGGAUACCAUUCAUAGAACUCCACAUGACAGCGACUGGCACCACAAUAACUAUGAAUCCAACCCAGACCAACAAUGUGGGUUAAUAGAGACAAACACUGCAGUUUUAGAUGUUCAAGACAACAAGGGCCUGACACCCCUACACUGGGCGGCCGCCGACGACCAGACGGGUGUUGUGCGGCUCCUACUCGAGGCCGGCGCAGCCGUCGACGUCUUUGAUGCUGAGGGCAUGACCCCGCUGUCGCUGGCUUACGAGAACGGGUUCAUUGGCCCAGUUGAAUUACUAGUCGAGUAUGGGGCAGAUGUCAAUGUCCCUUAUUGCGAACUGUAA